CGGCACCGGAUCACACACAACAGUAGAGAAGGAAAACAUCGAAUAUGAUCUCAGAGAUUGAGUGCGGAGUUUGUUACCGGACCUACAACGCGGCUCGCCGCUGUCCACGGGAGCUCCACUGUAAGCACACCUUCUGCGAGAGCUGCCUCCGGGCUUUGAGCCGCCCGCUGCUGCCGGGGGCGGACCGGUCAAUAGAUUGCCCGCUAUGCCGACACAGCACCCCGCUGACCGCAGAGGGGAACAUCAGGACCGAGCUGAGGGUGGAUGAGUCCGCCCUGGAGCGGCUGAUGACCGCGGGGGUCCUAGACCGGGAGGAGGACCCGGACGACGAGGAGGAGGAGGAGAAGGAGGAGGGCGGAGAAGCUCCAGAGUGUGAGAGGGAAGUCCCAGAGGCUGAAGCCGAGGAAAGUGACUCCUCUGCGGGGCUCAGAGGUGGGAGGCUCCGGCGGUCCUGGACCAAAGUUUGGAGGAAGAUAAGCGGCAAGAGCUCUCAACAGAGACCAAAUGAUUGCAUGACCACUGAUGACCUGAGGAACAUGGCCAUGAUGUCCUGCCACAUGUUCUGAGCUGCUCACAGACCCAUAACGUGAUACUUAUUGUUGCAGCUGCACUGGAUGAAGAUCAUGAAAUCUUGCUGGCAAGACACAUGGACACAUAACCAUUAUUUUAAUGCUUUAUUCUAAUGGUCCACUUUUAAUAUUUCACUGCCAAAAAAUGGUUGCUUUAAGAUGCUUUAAUGAUCUUCAAGUGGAUUUAUUUAAUAUUUAUUGUUUUUUAAUGUAUGAGCUAUAUAUGUUUUUUUACAGUAUUGUAUUUAUAAUGACUAAUAAAUUGAUUAUUGUUUUAAA